UCGCCAGGCCAACCGCCGCUGCUCCGCCGUCCCGGACGGCAACUUCCUCCUCGGCCAGAGCCGUUUCCUCCAAAUGCGCCAAUUGUAGAUCCAGGUGUUUUCCGAGUUUUGCAUAUGCAACUUCUGGUAAGUUGCUGAUUCUAUUUGAGAGCAUAGCAAUUUUUCUGGAAUUAUGAGGAGUUCUUACAUGUUCUUCAGAAAUUGCACAAGCUGGACUUGUUGAACUGGGAACUGAGCCUGUGAAAUUGAAUUUGUGCUCUAUAGUUGUUAUAUGUCGCUGAAUUGCUAGUUGAAUCUAAAUUUGCAUAGACUCGUGCCUCUUGUUUUUCUUGAAAUUUCGCUGAUGUUGCUGCCAUUUGUUGCUCUCUUGAUUUUUCGUCUGUGUGUUUGGGAUGCAUUGCUGAUUCUGGAAUUAUUGUUGCUGCAUUCUCUAAUCAUGCAGUUCUCAUAAACCGAAUCUGAAUUUUGGAAUUGCAGAACUGGAAGUGCUGAAGUUGCUGUUUCUGGUUUUGUUAAAGUAUUGUUGAUUGGUGGAUUUGUUAAAGUAUUGUUGAUUGGUUGAAAAUCUGCUGCUGAUUUGGCUUGAAUAUGGACAAUUAGAUGCUGUUGGAGAUGUUGAUUAGCGUUCAAGAUGUUUCAAUCAUGUUGAACAACAUAAAUAACAGUAGCCAUUCAUGGCUGUGGUUUGUGGCGAGGCACUACUCUAGGAUUCGUCCUCCAAAGCCUGUCCCUGUUGAAUCAGUGAUCAGGGUGUCCAACAACGUUGCUCGUUUGGGUUCUCGGAAAGAAGGCCCGAAGCCGAGGCAACUACUGUCUUUGCCACCUUUUCCUGGUCACCCUUUGCCCGGAAGGAACUCAAAUGAAAGUUUUCAAGAUGGGCAGCAACAUGAUGGUUAUGUCACUGCUGUUAAUUGGAUCAAGUAUUACUUCAAAGGCAUAUUGGGUUCUGUCAUUGAGUCUCAUUUCAGGGAGGGUCUUGUCCAAAUGGAGGACCCAAUUUCUGACAAUAAUUUAUCUCAGAAUGAAGAGCCAAGGAGACCCUUGCGAAAGAUUAGACCUAAUGAAGUAAUGAAGCAAGGGGCAAGAAUUCAUAUCCCUGUGUCAAUUGCCGAGGCUAGGAUUUCCAAAAGAUAUGAUGCUAUACCAAGUGGAACACUAUAUCCCAAUGCUGAUGAAAUUAAGUAUUUGCAAAGGCUUGUCAUUUAUAAGGACUCGGCUAUCAUGGUGCUAAAUAAACCCCCAAAAUUGCCGGUUAAGGGGAAUCUGCCGGUUCAUAACAGCAUGGAUGCAUUAGCAGCUGCAGCACUAUCCUAUGAUUAUGAUGAGGGUCCUAAACUGGUCCACCGUCUUGACAGGGAGACCAGUGGCAUCAUUUUAUUUGGCAGAAAAGAACAAAGUGUGUCUCACCUGCAGUGGCUGUUCAGUAACAUAAACAAUGCAAAAUCUUCUAGUAAGGUUUGGAAUGAUGCAUGUGAAUCUACAUAUCAGAGGUAUUGGGCACUAGUCAUAGGGACUCCCAAGGAGAAGGAAGGUGUAAUUUGUGCUCCCCUUAGAAAGGUGCUCUUGGAUGAUGGGAAGACAGAGAGGGUCGUAUUAGCUCACCAUUCAAGUAUGGAACCUCGCCAAGAGGCUGUAACUGAAUAUCGAGUCCUUGGUCCAAAGAUAAAUGGAUGCUCCUGGGUUGAGCUGCGACCACUUACGUACCGGAAGCAUCAGUUGCGUGUCCAUUGUGCUGAAGCACUUGGCACUCCGAUAGUGGGCGAUUACAAGUAUGGUUGGUUUGUACACAGUCGUUGGAAACAAAUGCCCCGAGUUGAUGUCGAGCCAACGACUGGAAAACCAUACAAGAUGAGGAGACCAGAAGGCCUAGAUGUUCAGAAGGGAAGUGUAUUAUCCAAGGUCCCCCUAUUGCAUCUUCACUGCAGAGAACUUGUACUUCCCAACAUUGCUAAGUUUCUUCAUGUUUUCAAUAAGAGUUCAGGAGAACUGCCCCGUUCACUUAGCGCAGAACCCGAUGUUCUUCGCUUUGUGGCAACGAUGCCGUCGCAUAUGAAAAUUAGUUGGAAUCUUAUGUCAUCAUAUUUAGUCUGAUAAGAGUGCAAGAUGGAAUUGAUUAACUCGUGUGAUGUUAUUUGAACAUCCACAGAAAGAGAAAGGCUUGUUCUUCACUUUGUGGCUACAAUGCAUUCGCACGAGUAUUGUUCAGAAACUUACGAUGGUUAUGGUUCGAAUCUCAGGCUGAUUGGCCUAGAUAUCUACUAUCAUAUCCUUUUUCAAUGCUCAAAUAACAUCACUAUUCUUAAUUUAUCAAGUGCGAAGUCAACUAGCAUUUUUGGACUGGAGCAUCACUGUGACCAAAACCACCAUUAGUUGAAAAAGGGAACUUAACCAUCUUUAUUGGACCCAAAAUAAUAUCGCAUUUCGGCAUAGUAAUUGUCCUUUUAUUGCUAUGCACUACUUUUGAUUGGUAAUAUUGGAUUUGAUCUCUCGUGUUAGUGUUAUAUCUUAUAAAAUUUAAUGGUAAUGUGUUUGUCAGAUACUUUUUUUUUCUUUUAUAUUUAUAUAACCAACUGUAUUUGAAUGUAAUAACUGAAAUUUAACUUAUUUGUUUUUAUUUAAUGUAAGUUUAAUAGCUGGAGUACGACUGUAAGAGUUUUUAACAA